CGUUGCUGUUAGGCCCCCACUGCUCGAUCCACCAUUACUGAUUACUCACUCCCCCCCUCCUAAUUCAAUGCUCCUUUCUCUUUCACAUGAUCAUUACAUAUACAAAGUACACCAAUGAGUUGAAUCUGGGUUUGUGAUCAGUUCAUGAAUGGUUUGGAGCUUAUUCACUCAAUGGGCACUGGUGCUAGUUCUUCCAGUGAUUCUACUAUAGAUAAAAAGAAAAAGGGACUUCAUCAUGAAGAUCACCAACUGAACAACGAUGAAAUCGAGAUGCUGGUCGAGUCCAUGAAAGAAAAACUAGAAGAGGUCACUUCCUUGCAUUCCAAUUAUGAUAUAUACAGAGUUCCCAUGCAGCUUUGCAAGGUUAAACCAGAAGCCUACACACCUCAGUCAGUCUCAAUAGGCCCUUUGCACUAUAAUGAAGAACACCUAAGGACCAUGGAAACACAUAAGUUGCGCUAUUUAAAUUGCCUUCUUGAUCGACCCUCUGCGAAAACCUUAGAUGUUUAUGUCAAAGCUGUGAGUAAUCUUGAAGAAACUGCUCGAAAAUGUUAUUCAGAAACCAUUAUGGGCUUCGGAAAAGAUGAGUUUGUGAAGAUGAUGGUGGUGGAUGGUUGCUUUAUACUUGAGUUCCUCAAGAUCAUUACAUUAAGGGAGAAUGAUCAUUUCAGAUCAAAUUAUUCAUGGUAUUGGGAAAUCAAAACUGAUUUGAUUAAGCUUGAAAAUCAGCUUCCCUUCUUUGUUCUUGAGCAUUUACAUAGCCUAACCUUUGAUCCUCAUGAACUAUUGCCUCAAUACAACACCUUCAGUCAUUAUAUCUAUGUGAAUCUCUUAAAAUGGUAUGCACAAGGACUCCAUGGCCCAACUAUUGAUAGUGAUGAACAAAUAAAAUCAUUACAAUUGCCAGAGGGUGGAGCAAAGCAUUUUCUUCAUCUUUUAGGUUGUGUUCUCAUCCCAUCAUCUCCGGCGAGGACAGAACAGGGUGAAAAGUAUUUGCGGCUAACGAGUUGUGCCACGGAACUUAGGAGUGCUGGUAUCAAGUUUCGGAAGAAGGAGAAGUCUGACUCUCCAAAGACAUCUUUAUUUGAUGUAGCUUUUGACACUAACAAGGGUAUAUUGACAAUCCCAACUAUCAUCAUCUUCGACGAAACAGAACUCAUCCUUAGAAACCUUAUCGCCUUUGAGCAAGGUAAACAGAGUACUGCUUAUUUCACAGCCUAUGCAGCCUUCAUGGAUGAUCUCAUCGACACAGUCAGAGACGUCGAGUUGCUAGAGCAGAAGGGGAUUAUUACAAACAUCCUUGGCAGUCCAAAAGAUGUGGUGACCUUAUUUAACAACAUUACCAAACAAGUUGUUCUUGUGGAACCUUACUACUCUGGUGUUAUUAAGGAUUUGGAGGACUAUCAUAAUAAAUCAUGGAAUAAAUGGAUAGCAAAUUUGAGGCAAAACUAUUUCCAAACUCCAUGGGCAUCAAUUUCAGUGGUUGCUGCAGUUAUCCUCCUCAUCUUGACAAUAAUGCAAACUAUUUGUUCCUUCUUCCAAGUUAAAUGA